CACGACUGACCACGACACGACCGACCACGACACGACCGACCACGACACGACCGACCCCGACACGACCGACCACGAUGCGACCGACCACGAAGCGAUCACUACUGUAGAAACCACUACUGAAGAGACCGACAUUCAGAAAAUCCUACAAGAUCCGGAUUCGAAGUCAAUUUACGAGUCUUUCACUCAAGAAUUUGAAAGCAGUGCGAAAAGCUUCAUAGCCACCUAUGGUGCAAAUCCUGAAUAUUUCUGGAAUAAACUGCCCUUGCUCACAGAUGGCCAUAUUGUCAGUCAAUUGCUGAAAGUCCUCGGCAACCAUUCUGAGAUGAGCCAUCUGACCCAGAGGCUGCUUGAAAUUAAAUUAUACGAACAAGUUCAACUGCUUGAGAAUGAAUUUGUGAAGUCAAAAAGCACUUUGCGAAAGGGUGAGACAAUUAGAAGCGUGGCUCUCCAACGCGUGUUAGGUCACAAACCUUCUCGGGCGGAAGUCUGGAAAGUUGAUCGCGGGGAAAAGCUAUCAAAUUUCGAGCUCAUCGAUUUGUUCCGUAUCUCAAAGCCCAAUUGGAUAAAGUGGCGUAAGAUCAAACUGUCAAAGGUCCAACUGAUACGACAGAAUCUGAGACCAGUUCAAGCAGAGUGGGCGAAAAUACUCACCGACGCUCUGUGGAAAGUCUACAAGCAUAUACCUUCGGAGAUUCCGUUCGUCCAUGAAUCAAGAGAGAGAGAAGCACAAACCAUAGAUUCCGAAGUGGAGAAUCCUCAACAACCCAUAUUGUGUUAUCACACGUCAGCCGACUUGGUUGACAGCCAAGGCGAUCUCGAGAGCAGGAAUGAGGAAACGCUAGACAACGAACCAAGUUCGAAUUCCGCAGAAGCGAUUACCUCUAACAAGCGAUCAGCGUGUGACCUCUAUCCAACAUCUGCGAAAAGACAAUGUCUUAAGCAGGUGGCGCUUCCUUUAGAAUGCCGCAGAGUGGAAUCAGACCCUCCAAACAACCGGACAGCAAACCCUUGCAACAACAAUUCCUCCCAUUCCUGGACACUAAAUGCUUGUUGCCAACGUGAUUUCGGCGCUCAACCCAAUUCAGCCAUAGAUUAUCAAACCUCUGGAUUUUCACUGUCGCAUAAUUCGACCGAUAUGGAUUUCGACUCAAUAAGGCAACAGCAAGAUUCGAUUAGCCGAGCAUCAAACGGAACUCCGAGACCAUACGAUGAGGCAGCUAUCCCUCAAGGACAGAUUCAAGUGCUCGGAGUCCAAGCCGGGUCCCGUGGACCUAGUCCUGCACCAGUAGUCGGCAAUUUUGUAUAUACCGACGAUUACAACAAUGGCCCCGACCCAAUAGACGCAAUCAUAGCGUCUGCGGAACCUCGAAUUCCUUGGCCUAGGGGCAUGGAUGGUUACGACCCUGAUUGCAAUCCGGUAGACGCGAUCAUUGCGUCUGCCGAACCCAGGGUCCCUUGGCCUUCGAUAGACGGCAUAGUUUCAGUCGAAAGUGGAGCAUACCAAUGGUCCCUGUCAAAUCAACGCCCCAUUGCAGCAACAUAGUAUGAAGCAGUCAGAUGACAACAUUAGGGUAAAUCAUUCAAGAAUUCGGCUCAUCAAAUUAGGUACUAUCGAAAUAUAUGUGGCUUUGUUCUGUAACCCUGAUAGU